AUGAAUCCAGUCAACACCAAACCAUACAACCUUCCAUCUGAUGCAUGUUGGCUAAUCACCGGCUGCUCAUCAGGAAUCGGCCGUGAAAUAGCCACUCUCAUCGCCAACAAGCCAAGUCAACGUCUAAUCGCCACAGCCCGCAACCCAUCCACCCUCUCAUACCUCCCCGACAACAACCCCAACAUCCUCAAGCUCGCCUUAGACGUGACAUCAGCCAGUUCCGUCGACGCCGCAUUCACCACCGCCGCGCAGCACUUCGGACAGAACUACCAUCUUGAUAUCGUAGUUAACAAUGCCGGCUACUCCCUCUCCGGUGACACCGAAGCCGCAACGGAAGAGGAAACGCAUCAGGAAAUAGAGACGUUGUUCUUCGGGACUGCGCGUGUGACUACGCGUGCGAUUGCGGUUAUGCGUCAAGAUGAGAAGCGUCGUGGUGGUGUCAUCUUUAAUAUCUCGUCUUUGGCUGGAUUGUGUGCGUUUCCGGGCCAUGCGUAUUACCAUGCGGGCAAGUUUGCGGUGGAGGGAUUUACGGAAUCUCUAGCGAGAGAAAUGCAUCCGGAGUGGAAUAUCAACUUCUGCAUCAUCGAACCCAGUGGCGUAAAGACCAAUUUCGAAAGCCACAGCAAAGCCAUCAUCAAGCCUCACCCCGCAUACGCGACAGAAGACAUGCCAUCGCGAAGGCUCGAAAACUACGUGAAAAAGGGUCUUGAGAGUGGUGUCGGUCUGCUAGAACCGCGUGAUGUAGCAGAGGCGAUUUUCAAUAUCGCUAAUCGUGGUGAACGAGUUCCGCUUCGGGUUCCUCUGGGUAAAGUGGCUUGGACGAUGGCGAAGUCGAAAUUUGAGAGUAUGCUGGUGGAUUUGGAUAUGGUGAAGGAUUUGAGUUUUAUGGAUUGA